GCGGCCUGUGCGGAGCGGCCGCGGCCAUCUCCGGGUGCGGGCAGGUGGAGCCUUUUCCUCCAGGAUGGCAUCAAGGAUGGUUCCCAAAGUGAAUUCCAAGCAGGGAGGAUCUCCAUGCACGGAGAAGCAGGUGGUUCUGCUCAGCCCCCUGGGCAGGAUCGAGAUCUCGGGCUGUGAGAAGGGCGUACAUGAAAUAAAACUUCCCAAAACGAGCCUGCUGCCAAGGGGCAGGGCAGAGCCCUCGGCGCUGUGCGAGGUGUGCGAGGGCGCCGAGGAGAUGCCGGAGCCCCUGCAGCAGUGCACAGCCUGGCUGCGAGCCUACUUCUGUGAGCCAGGCAGCACAGGGAGCCUGCCCGUGCCAGCCUUCCACCACCCCCUGCUCCAGAGAGAUUCCUUCACCAGGCAGGUGCUGUGGACCCUGCUGAACGAUGUCAAGUUUGGGGAGGCCGUUUCCUACAAGCAGCUGGCGGAUCUUGCUGGCAACAGCCGGGCAGCUCGAGCCGUGGGGGGAGCCAUGAGGAGCAACCCGAUCCCCAUCAUCAUCCCGUGCCACAGGGUGAUCCGCAGCAGCGGGGACAGCGGGAACUACGGCGGGGGACAGCUGAUGAAGGAGUGGCUGCUGUCCCACGAGAAGCUGCAGAAGGAGAAGCUGGCACGGGGAGAGGGCUGCUAACCAGCCCCGGCGCACACCCACGGCUCCUCGCCUUGCAAUGAGCUCUCUCUCUCUCUCAGAGCACCCUGCAGAAUUCAGGAAAAUGGUAAAUAUUUGAGUGACACAUAAAUAUAAUGCAACAUCCAAAGUGAAAUGUGUGGUGGCACCACUAUAUUAAAAAAGCGGGAUGCGUCCUGGGGGAGGCAGCUCGGCUGCCCUUUCUUGUUUUUGCAUUUUACAGCAGAAUGACUACAGCGAUCCAGGCCUGUUGUGCAUGGAUUUUGUUCCCAUCUCCAGCCCUGUUUUGUUCUAUUUUUAAUGUCCAUUAAAGCAGGGAUAAGGGAGUGGGAGGGACGUGGCAAAUGUGAGGUGGAAGCUUCCCCCUGAGGAGGCGCCUGGCUCGCGGCGAGUGGCCCAGCCUGGCACGCUGGGCUCUGCCCGCCCCUGCCCAGCUCCCCCUCCCCACUUUGGGGCUUAAAAUGGUUUUUCACCUGAGCAGGAGUUAAAGGAGCACAGUGAGAUCUGUGCAAAGGCAGGCAGCUGUUGAAUUCUUUACUCCUGCUUUUUCUUUUUGCAUGGGGAGAUGGGAAUAUAUAUAUAUAUAUAUUUUUUUUUUUUGUGUAGAGCAGGGGAAGAGAUGAUCCUGACAAAUUUCAUAUUUUGGAUAAGCAGUUUGAUUAGCCAAAUUUGGCAAAAUACUGGAAAGCUCACCGUAGUUGCUUCUUUAUCAGCAGCACAUUCCUUUAUCAUUUGAGUUUUCCUUCAGAUUUCCAUGUUUCUCUGUUUUCCAAAGCUUUAUUUCCCAUAGCCUCUCCGUUGGAAGGAUUCAAGAGACAUUAAAGUUAAAUUUUGAGGUGGUUUUAGCAGGGUUCUCUGUGAGUACGAGCCACCAGAAGCUGAAAUUUCCAGUAUGGGAAUCGUAAAUUGUAACAUGGAAAUACUGAUUUUUUUAUGUGUUUUAUCAUAUUUUCAUGGAUGUCUCUUUAGAAAGGCCAUUGCUGCCCCCCAAAAAUUAUUGUGUGGCAGUGCGUUAGUUAAUCCAGGGUUAUUGAUACCUCAGAAUUACUUCAAUAAAAAAACUGCUUUGCA